AUGUCGCCCUCGCAGCGCGGCGCGCCCUUGUCUGCUCUGGCAAACCUGCUUCUCGAGCACAAGGAAACCUUGGCCCAGCUGGAGGCGCAAUCGAUGGGCAAGCCACUCACCGAAUUCUUCGAAGCCGAAGCGGCGGCGGGCACGUUCCGGCUCUACGCCGGACAGGGCUGGACGGCGCGGGGCACGACAAGCUUGAACACGCCUGGCUUCGUGAACAUGACGGUGCGUCAGCCGUUCGGCGUCGUGGGCGUGAUCAUCCCGUGGAACGCGCCGCUGCUGUUCUUCGCGAAGAAGGUUGCGCCGGCGUUGGCGGCGGGGAAUACCGUCGUGGUGAAGAGCUCGGAGAGGGCGCCGUUGACGUCCACCAAACUCGCCACCCUCAUCAACCAAGCCGGCUUCCCUCCCGGCGUCCUCAACGUACUCUCAGGACUCGGCCCCGCGGCGGGCGCGGCCAUGUCGUCGCACAUGGGCAUCCGCAUGAUCUCCUUCACCGGCUCGCUGCGCACGGGGAAAGCCAUCCAAGCAGCCGCCGCCGCAUCCAACCUCAAGAACGUCGUGCUGGAGCUAGGCGGCAAGUCGCCCGCCAUCGUCUUCGCCGACGCGCUGCCGCACCUGGACGACGCCGUCCGCGCGACGGCCUACAGCGUGCGCACCAACGCCGGCCAGACGUGCAUGCAGAACAGCCGCGUCUACGUGCAGCGCGGCAUCGCCGACGAGUUCGUGGCCCGGCUGCGCAAGUGUUUGGCCGAGGUGCGCGCCGGCGAUCCGCUGGACGAGAGCACGCAGAUGGGGCCGAUCGUGGAUGAGGAGCAGCGGAGGCGCGUGUUGGAGUAUGUCGAGGAAGGGUCGAGGACGGCGAGGGAGACGAUCACGCAGAAAGUGGCGGCUUCUCCCGCCAUCGUCAGCCCGACAAUUUUCUUGGACACGCCCGAGGACGCCAAGAUCAUGAAGGAGGAGGUCUUCGGCCCCGUCGUCAACGUCAAUGUCUUCGAUGAGGAGGACGAGGUCGUGGCCAAGGCGAACGAUACCGAGUUCGGCCUGUAUGCGUCCGUCUUCACCAGCGACAUCGAUUGCGCCCUGCGCAUGAUGAAGCGCCUGGAUGCUGGCACUGUCGGUGUCAAUUGCACCAGUCCGACCACGGCGGUGGAUAUGCCGUUUGGCGGCUACAAGCAGAGCGGCCUCGGGCGUGAGGGGCUGGAACACAGUUUGAGCAACUACCUGGAGGUCAAGACAGCCUUGAUCAAAAUCAAAGGACUAUGA